GAAUGCGUGUGCAGUUCUCCCUUCCUCCGACGUCGACUACGUCCGCGACGGGGGCACCGACGGCAUCAACGAGGCGGGGCUCGGCGCACACCUGCUCUACCUGGAGGCCACGCAGUACGCCUCCGCGGGCGCGGCCGGCGGGCGCGCUGGGGCCGUGGCGGCCAUGCGGGCGGUGUGGGUGGCGGGCGCCAAGGUCGAGGUCUCGCCCGGGGCGCCGGGCAUUGCCCUCGGGAGCCACGUCGCCGUUGAGGACGCGUCCGGGGACUCUGCCGUGUUCGAGUUCGAGGGCGGAGAGGUCAGGGUGUACUGGGGGAGGUUCGUGCGCGCGGCUUACUUCCUCCACUACCUGCCGAGAUCGACCGACGGCGACACGAUGGUGGCGGAGGUCCGCAGCGUCAUCCAGACAGCCGCCGCGCCUCUGGGCGCGCCCGCUGACGACGACCCCGAGCUCGGCGUGUAUCCGACGUGGUGGACCAGCGUGACAAAUUACAGGGACCGCCUGUACUACUGGGGCUGGGGCCUGAACCCAAACUUCAUAUGGGUCGACCUGAUGAAGCUGCAGUCCGCGGGCGCGUUCGAGGAGUCGAGCCCAACCCGUCUUUUGGACCCGCUCGACCCCUCGCUCGUCGGCGAGGUGUCAGACCUCUUCCGGCCCGUCGCAGGCCCCCCGCAGCUGCGCGCAUCGAAGAGCGGGCAGCAGCACAGCCCGACACUCUUCGGGCUCCGCGCGGGUCCUUCUGGGUCGGCGACGUGCCCCCCCCCUGGCCUGCGCCUCGGCACCGCCCCCGGGCGCGCUCUGCACGCCAGGGAUGACGAGCCAACGACACGCACCCCUACCCAUCAGGGGGAUCGGAGAGGGCUAUGGGGUGCGUGCUGUCGGAGGGGGGUCCCCGCUCGAACGGGAGCGUUUUCCCCAGGGUCCGACGACCCGCACCCAUGCCCAUAG